GACAUACACCUGAGGACAUAUAUAUUUAUGAACACAAUACCAAGUGAGACAACGUGUCUUUUAGCAUUCAUUCAUCUAUAGUGACUGAGACGUUAUCAUAGGCGAAGAAUGGAAUAACCUAAGAGUAACAUGGGGACCAGAUCCAAUGAGCAGUACCAGUUUUGUAGCUAUGCCACUGACAGAGACUGAUGCAAAGUCUCAGGGAUUUCAAAAGAUCUCAGAUUGCGGAGAUUCCAGUGGAUUACAUGGCAUCCGGUAUGUUAAAGACAACGAUAUGAAUCUCAUUUUGAUAUAUGAUGUGCUAGGACAUAUUGCUGGAAUUUCUGCUGCAAUUCCAACAAAUCUUGCAAAUGGAUUUCCAUCUGAUUUUCUGAAGGGACAUCCGUUUAUCAAGUCUGGCAAUUACUAUCAUAUUUCUGCAUAUUUUGUUGAUCCUGCAAUUAUUUGUUUCUGUGGGAGAUCGGCAACCCUUUUCCAGCAACAGGGUGUAGGAACGGAUCUAUACAUUCAGAACGGAACAGAUCCGGUUGAUGACUCCAUCAAAAUACCACGUCUCCAGAGUGAAAUAACAUCUACUCAAUGGACAAAAGGAAAAUGUUUUCCAACAAUGGGGCUCCAUUACUGGUACAACAUAAGAAAAGAUAUGAGUUGUGAUGAAUUUUAUCCAAUGUUCUUGUUGUAUAAUGACGGCAAACUAAAUGCUUUUGGUUGGGCUUUCAACGGAGACUUCAAUUCGUCUAGAUUAGAACAUCCACCAAUUGCAGCAUUAUCUGCUUUCAUCGAUCCAGUACCAGACUGUUUGUUAACCGCUGUAACAUUAUCUACGAUGCACAUCUAUUUGACCAACAACCCUGCUUUGAACCAAUGCUAAGACGGAAUUUAC